CCGGUUGGAUCAGAAAUGGCUUCAAACUUAUGACCGGCCUCCCAAUUAAGCAUGAACAACUGAUUAAACAACUCAUAGACGCUGUUCAACUGCCAUCAAGACUUGCCAUCAUGAAAUGCAAAGCUCACACAAAGGGAACAGACUCUAUUUCCCUGGGAAAUCAAGCGGCAGACCAAGCUGCGAAGAAAGCUGCAAAUUAUGAUGCAAGAAACAUGCUUGUCCAUGUUGAUGGAAACGUUGAGAUGCUACCCGAUGCAAAUGUAAUAGAUGCAACAUACAUAAAGGAAAUUCAAGAAGCAGCUGGAGUCUACGAACAGAGCGCCUGGAAACAACGUGGUGCUACAAAAGAUGCUACAGGAAUUUGGAGAAAUCAUGAAGGACGCAUUCUGGCUCCAACACCGUUGCUUCGAAUGCUCUUUGAAGAAUACCACACCCCAACUCAUCGAAGUUAUGAAGCCAUCUCGAAACAUAUUGAUUUAUGGUGGCAUCCUCAUUUGAAGCCGAUUAUGCAAUAUUGGAUAGACGAGUGUCACGUUUGUCAGACUAUGAACCCGAAGAAGUCUUGCAAGCCACCUCCAGGAACUUAUGCUCUCCCAAAUAAGCCUUUUGAAAGAAUCGUCAUGGAUUUCACAGACAUGGGUCCUGAGAUGAGAGUCCGAGGAUACCGUUACCUGUUGGUUAUAGUCUAUGUCAUAAGAUCUGACAAUGGGACACAUUUCACCGCCAAAAUAGUCCGUGAUGUGCUAAAGGCUCUUAACAUCACCCAGCGCUUUGGAACUGUCUAUCACGCCGCCAGCCAAGGAGUCUGUGAACGAAUGAAUGCAACUGUCAAGAGAAAACUUGCAAAGGUCUGGAAAACUACAAAACUUGAUUGGGUCACUGCCCUACCGUUCGUCCUGAUGGACAUCAGAAACAGUGUAAAUAAAACUACAUCAUAUUCUCCUCAUCUACUACUGACUGGAAGAGAAAUGCAUAAACCUGAAGGCCCAUUCACUGAAGAUGCACCAUUCAUAGACUGGGACAAACAACAUCACGCAUAUGUCCAACAGCUUCAAGAAAUAGUGAUGCAGCUGCAUAAAUGUCGACAAAGAACGCAUGACUUACAGGUCAGAGCCAAUCCAGAUAUAACCGUCUCACCAGGAUCUUGGGUGUACGUAAAGGUACACAAACGGAACAACUGGACACAGCCAUAUCAAACUGGUCCGUAUAAAGUCAUCCAGUCCACUGGGAGAUCUGUACAAGUUGAAAAGGGAACAUCUAAAGUGUGGUACCAUUUAUCGCACUGCUUCAAGUCACCAGUAGACCCAAAUGAUCGAAGUCUAACCCAAAUCCAAACUGACAUUGCCGCUACAUCUACCAUCCAGGAUGAAGAUGGGGAAAACCAACGAAAUCCGGACACUGCUGGAACCAGAGAACCUAAGAAACAACCCUGUCCACCGUCCACCACUGAGGCUCCAGAGGAGGAGGAGAAAAAGGGGAGAAAACAUAGAAGGGGAGUAUAGGCCAUGCUUUUUGAGAAAUUCUCAGUGUCUAUCUUUGAUUAUGCUAAUCUUUAUCUGUUGUAUCUGCUUUAUAGUACCUAUCCAUAGAAGCCUUGGAACUGACCUCGGACAGCCACAGCCAACAAUCAAAGAAACAACUGAGCUGGCGACCAACAAUACGGGUAAGGGUCAAGGAGCACUGAACAGAUUAAAAAGAGAAACACCAAAACUUGCGAAAUUUUGUUAUGAGGGACAAACUUGCAAUAUCCUAUUUGACGCAUGCGAAGUUUUCGACUGCAUGUUAAAUAUCCCAGCUAUAGAUCACGUAUUCAAUGUACAAGUUCUUUGCAAAGAUACUUGUCUGACAGGAAAAAAUGGUAAUUCAAUAGGGUUUGCCAGAGUUAUAGCCAGUACUGAUGAGCAACACGAAACAGAAAAUACUUUCAAAACUGAUUUACAACAGAGAAUUACUCUAACAAAAAACAGGAAAGAUGAUGCAGCUUUCCAAGCAGACUUAAAACAUUGUAGAGGGCGUAAAUCAAUUACACAACGAUGUAAUCCUUUGUUAUUAUCAAUUCAAAAUUCAAUAUUUAAUGACGCUGGUAUAUAUUCUAUAGGGUUCCUGUGUUCUAAAAUCCCUUCUGUGCCAUGUAAUAGGAAAAUAAAGUUAAAUUUCGAAGGAUACAUACAAAUAACAAUUUUAAAGACUAAUAAGCCUGCUUCAGAAAAUGAUUUAAUUUCCCUAACUGAAGCAAUAAAAAUCGAAACAGGACAAGAUUUGAAUGAAAACACGUGGUUAAAAUGGGUGCAGUAUACUGCCCAUACUGUGACUACAGAAGAUUGUAUUGUAUGUUCUGCGGCCAG